AUGACAGAAGAUUCAGAUACAAUCGUUGAUGUACACUAUAAUGGGGUGUUCACACCUACCCCAUUGAUGUAUUUUGAUGGAGUAAAAGCCUAUGUACCAUACACGGUUGUGAACAAGAUGAACUUCCCUGAUUUCAUCCCCUUUCUUGAAAAACAUACUAACCGAAGAUGCAGAGAUGUGUAUUACUGUCCACAUGAAGUGAGAUUGUAUGAGGGAUUACAUGUUAUUCAGAAUGACUGUGAUUUUAACAAGUUUCUUGAAGAUAUCAAUGAAAAGAAGAGAUUGGAUGUGUAUGUGGAUCAUAGGGAUGAGGGAGAAGCAGACCUUGAAGAUGAUGAUUUGGUUUCUAUUGAUGAUGUUGACUCCAUUUUAGAAGAUGAUGUGAAAGUUGAACAUGUAGAGGACGAUGAAGUUAUAUCUCUCAAAAGAAACUUCAAUGAUCAAUUCCUCAACAAACUUUGUCCAAUACAGAAUGAUGACUUGGUUGAAGAAGAUCAUAAUGCAAUACGACCUAUCUACCCAAGAUAUGAUCAUACUCAGAAAUGGAAUGAGAUGAAGCCUCAAUUAGGCAUUCCUCUAAGAUGUACCAUUUUCCACCAAACUGGCCACAACAAAGCCACGUGCCCAAGUAAGCCAACUCCAGCUCCAAGCACAGCAGGUCCAAGCCAAUCAACUCCAACUCCAAGCACUCCUACUCCUGUUGUAAAUGAAGUUCCUCUGAAGAAAGCUCCUGUGAAGAGAAGUCCUAUGAAGAAGGUUCCUUUGAAUGAUGCUGGUAGGGUGAGAAAGUUUUCAGAAAGAAUCACAGAAAUUGGUCUUCAGAAAAAUGUUAAUGUCAAGGAUGGAACUGGAUGCAGCCAAGACAAACCUGUGACCUUAGAAAAGAUCAGAAUUAAACCAGGUUUAAACGUUAAUUUCACGUCCGUUCGUCCAGAACCUUCUCUUCCUUUCUGGACGAGACCAAGCGAGACAAGUUAUUUGCGCCAGAUUCAUCGAUUUUUCUAUCGUAUUGUUGAUCUCUUGUUCUUUGCGAAAUUGUUGAGAUGUCGUACUCGAGGAGGUCUAGGUACUCUCCUUCUCCUUCACCACCACACAAGCGCUAUGGCAGCACGUAUCACUAAGAGAGAUGUUGAGAAGCAUUUCUCGGCAGAGGGAAAGGUGGAAGACGUUCACCUGGUGAUGGAUCCUUGGACUCGAGACUCUCGUGGAUUUGGGGCCGUGUCAUCACAGUGGAGAAGCAUAGCUUCUUGUUGUUCUUCUUCAUCAAAGUUCCAAACUAACAAGUCACAAGCAAAUGCCAGACUAUCAACCCAGAGGGCGAGGAGGCGGAGAGGCAGAACACCAACUCCAGGAAGGUAUCUUGGGCUAAGGAGUGCACGUGGUGGUCGUCGACAUCGAUCCCCAACCUACUCUCCACCAUGUUCGCGUAGGAGGAGGAGGAGCUAUUCUCCUGAUUACUCGUCUGAUAGUGAUAGGAGCAGGAGCAGGAGCAGGAGGAGGUCAUAUUCACCAUAUUAUUACACAAGGCGUGGGCGUGGAAGGUCCAGGUCCAGGUCCUACUCACAAGGUUCUAGAAGCAGCCCAGAAGAUGGUUACUACAGGAGGGGUAGGGGGAGUUAUCGUUAUAGGUCUUACAGCCCAGAAGAGCGUGAUUAUAACAGGAGCAGAUCAAGGGACUCUUCUUCACCCGAGUACGAGUACAGCAGGAGGAGAAGGAGGAGGAGUUAUCGGUCUGUAUCUCCUCGAAGUGUGUCUUCUUCCCCAACAACGAGGAGGAGGAGGAGGAGUUACUCUUCUAGCAUGUCGCCGGUUAAGUCAAAGAGAAGCUAUUCAAGUGUUUCUGUGAGUAGUAGAUCAAGGAGCCCUGCUGCUCACUAUUCCAUUUCCAGUAGGAGUAGGAGUAGGAGUGGCAGUCUCAGCUCUAGGUCCACUGCUUCUUCUGACUAUACAAAAUAAGAAUAUUCAUAACUUUUUUCUCUAUGGACGUCACAGACUAGCCUACUACUAGGAGUGGGACUCUGGCUAUGCAUGUUAUGUUCUUACAACACAGCUAUUGAUUUACAACAUACAUGUACUCAUUGUCACUUUUAUUUCAAACAACUUUCUUUGCAUACGCCU